AUGCCGCCGGCAAACUCGGCGAAUGCACACAGAUUCUGGGAACUUGACUCGGCCUACGAAGUGCGAACCCGCCGCUCCCUGAGCCCCGUGAAGACGCAUGAAUCCUCGCGUUUUUCGCAUGAGGUCCUGAGUGCCAACGGCGCAACAGACACCUGCAACCUGCCAAAAAAGGCGCAGACGUCAAGCUAUGAGGAGCACCAGUCGUCCCUUCCCCGCCUACCCAUUCCUCCCUUGAAGCACACCUGCGACUUGUACCUGAGGUCUAUUCAGGCCAUCGCAACUUCGGAGGAAUACUUCCACGCCAGCAAGCUGAUGGAAGAGUUCCUGAAGCCAGGGGGCACUGGGGAACUUCUGCACAGCCUCUUGGUGAAGUGGGACCAAACAUGCGACCAACCGAGUUGGCUAGAGGAAUUCUGGGAUGACUCCUACCUCUGUACACGCGACCCUAUCCCAGUGAAUGUCAACUACUUCUUUCAACUUCAACCGCACCCCCAACAAUUGAAUGCUUCUUCACGAAUCUCACAGGUGGGACGCGCCGCAAGUUUACUGCACGCAGCGACAAGGUACUACCUCUCCAUUCUUGAUGGCACAGUGGCAAAGGAGUUUGAGAGAGAUGCACCUGUGUGCAUGAGCCAGUAUCGCUUCGCCUUUGCCACCUCCCGCGUUCCCGGCCUGCGUCGUGACCGCAAAGUCUGCUACUCCACAAGACCCUUGACAAGUGAUGAGCAAAAGUCCAAGUUUGCCGAGUACGUCGCUGCGGAUCCCACGCACUGUGUCGUCAUCAUCCGCAACCGGUACUUCAAGGUGGAGGUGCUCAAAGAUGGAGUCCAGUGUUCUCUGGAGGAGCUUGUCUUGGCGCUCAAGCAGAUCGUGGACUGUGCGACGUCGCGCAAAGAGCCAGGGGCCCCAGUUGGUCUCUUCACAACGCUAGACCGUACCGACUGGUUCCACACGCGAGAGCGCCUCAAGACACUGGGCAACAGUGAGGUGCUGCAAGCGAUUCAGUCGGCGAUCUUAUGUCUCUGUCUUGACGGGGUGGAGGCGAAAUCGCCCGAUGAGGCUGCAAGGCUCUUCCUCCACGGCCCUGGGACAAACCGCUGGUUUGAUCGUCACAAUAUAAUUGUCGCCCGAGACGGAUCCGCCGGCAUCAAUUGGGAGCAUUCCGUGGGAGAUGGCGGCACAGCGCUGCACGUCGCGGACUUCAUGUUCCGCAGGGACUGCGAACGCUUCUUCUCGGACAAGGACGUGGAGGCACUCAUGGAGCAGACGGAAAAAAUGCAGUUGGCCGUGGGCAUGGUGUCAGAGCUGCAGUGGUCUCUCGAUAAGGGGCUUGACGAGCUCAUGAAGGCGGCCUUUGCGGACUUCAAGGUUUUGAUUGAGAGUAACGAAACACAUGUGUUGCACUUUCAAAAUUUCGGGGGGGUUCGCUUAAAGCACGGGAACUUGUCACCAGACGCCUUUGUUCAAGUCGCUCUGCAGCUUACCUUCUAUCGACUUUUUGGGCGAAACUGUGCCACUUACGAGGCGGCCAGCACACGCAGUUUCUCUCAUGGACGAACAGAGUGCGUUCGAAGCACCUCACGUGCAGUAUGGGAUUUUUGUCACGCGGCAUCUGAACCCAUCUUCUCCAAACGCGUGGGAUCGUAUGUGCCGACCCAGCGGCAGCUUCUGCGCACUGCAAUUGAGUCCCACACGGAGUUUAUGAAGCUGGCUAAGAAAGGCCUUGGCGUGGACCGGCACCUCUACGGGCUUCGAGUCAUGGCAAGAAUGCAUGGUAUUCCCAUACCCGAGCUCUUUACCGACGCGUGUUUUCAUCGCAGUGUGACUUGGCUGAUGUCUACCUCACAUUGUGGAAGCAGUGCACUUGACACCUUUGGCUUUGGUCCAGUGGUGAGCUCGGGGUACGGCAUUGGCUACAUGAUAAAAUCAAACAGCAUCGACUUUGUCAUCUCCUCCUGUUGCACGCAACCUUUUACCUCCGCCACAGUGUUUGCCACCAUGCUGCAGUCAUCGCUUCUGCACAUGGAUGCUAUCCUGCGAAGUGAAGCGGUGGGGAAUCAGGCCGGCAGCCGCACGUUGGUCUUUUCACACCCGUGCGGUUUUAAUGACUUUGAGUUUACGCCGCAGGAAGGGUUUAUUUACCAACGCUACGAAAAAGAAAGCCUGCGGGAGCUCGCCCAGGUCUUGAAGACGGCGAACGGAGGUACUGGCUCCCCUGAGGGGUCUGUAAGCGGCUUGUCCUCCUGA